AUGACAGUUAGCAGCGAAAAUAAAUUCGAAGAGUUAUAUGUUUUAGCCAGUGACAGAGAUGAAAAGGAAAAAGUACUAAAGACAUUAAUUCCAGGUAGUCCACAUUAUUAUUAUUAUAAUGUAUUGCAUGUACUUAAUUCAGAUCCAAGUUUAAGCGAGCAAACCAACAAAGAUAAAUUUGCCCAGUUAAUGAAGGCAUGGAUAGGUGAUAUUAAAAAUGCUCCAGACCAAAGAUACCAAGAGUUAGAUUUAAGACAAAAGAUUUUAUCUUUUACAGAGAGCAAUAUCAAACCAUCUCCAUUAAGUUCAACAAUUGAUAUGUUCGAGGAAUUAAAAAACAUUUUCUAUUUACAUUUUAGUUACUCCCAAACCCACAGCCAAUCUUUAGAAACAUCUGAUCAAGAUAGCUCAAAUGACCAUAUUUCAAACACUCUCGAUAAAAAUUUGGUUGAUAGAAAGAAAAUCGUCAAUGACCUUAUUUCUAGAAUCCCACAUAGUAAAUACAUAGCAGACUACAUUAACCCCAAUACAUUUGAUUAUAUUUUAAAUAAUUUUUCAAAUUUACCAGCAGAAUUGGAACAAUCUAUUAUUUCAAAAUUAAAAUACCCAGUUAAUGGGGAUAAAAUUAUUGGUAUGCUUGAAAGUAAAAUCGCUCAAUACCCAACAUUUGGUAGUUUAAAUAUUCAUAACAACUUAACAUUAGAACAAAUGGACAAAAUUAUUGAAAAGUUCCCAUCAUAUGUCGACCAUACAUACAUCAAGCUCUACUUAGAAAAAUUAUUACCAAACUAUGACCUUCAUGAUUGGGAAACCUUAAAAGCUGGUCAAGAAGAAUUUUAUCAAUCUGCCACCAAAUUUGUUAAUACUCUUCCAAGCACUUUUAAUUCUUACAAAUUAUUAAUCUACUAUCAUUUCAUUAAGUUCCAACUCACUCAAAAUAUUUAUGAUAAAGCUUCAAUUAAUAAAUAUUUUUCUUUACCAAGAGAUACCCAUUAUUAUACUAGUGUUGAUAGAACCGACAGCAAGAUUACCAGCCAAUUGAUCAGAUUCAAUGAAAGCUUUAGUUCAAAUCUUAAGGGUGUUAGUCAAGAUGAUGAUGAAAAAUUGAUUUCAUUUUUAUUAAAAAAAUUAUUUAUCGAAGAAUCAACAAUCAAGCCAUACAGUGAUUGGUUUAAACCAUCCUAUUUGGAAUCAUUAUUAGCAGAAAGCAAAUUAGUAUCAAUGAAGGAUCAACCAGAGAAAUGGAUUCAAAUGAUUGAUAAUCAUUCUAAAGUCCAAACUAUUAGAGACCGUGUAGAUAUUGAAUUUUUACCAAAUAAUAAAUCAUACUAUCACCCAGAUGACGAAGUAUCACUCGAAUGUUCAAUUAAAAACGUUCCAAAUCUUUUGGUUAAAGUAUUCGAAAUUUCAACAUUCAAUUAUUACAAGAGUGAAUUAAAGCAAAUCGACUCAAAUAUUAAUUUAGAUGGUUUGAUCGCAAGCGAAGAGUUACAGUUUGAAUAUCCAGAUUGUUUACCAAUUCAAAAAGUAGAAAGAAAGUAUGACUUCCCAACAUUAAAAGGCAAAAGAGGUGUUUUCGUUAUUGAAUUCAUUGGAAAUGGUAAAAGCAGUCGUGCUAUGAUCUAUAAAGGUGAUCUCCAUUUUAUUACCGAGGUUACACCAACAUGCCAGUUAAUUAAAGUUUUGGAUGAAGACUCUGUCAAGGUUCUCAAAUGUUCAGUCUACAUUGACGGAAAUACCUAUAAUAGUAACGACGAUGGUGAUAUUAAAAUUCCAUUUUCUUCAACCACUAGCAACAAGGAUUUAAUUAUUAUAGCCCAAGAAUUUGCAACUUUAAAAAAUUUUAAACAUCAAGCCGAAACUUAUCAACUUGUUGGUGGUAUUUUUGUUGAAAAUGGUUCAUUACUCCAAGGUGAAAAAGCUCCAAUUGUUGUUCGUGCUAAAUUAUUUUUGGGCGAUACUCAAAUUUCAAACAAAUAUUUAGAAGAAACCUCUUUAACUAUUUUUAGUACCGAUAAUUCAUCAUCACCAAUUACCAAUUCAAAAGAAGUUAAACCAUUCACUGUUCAAGAUAAUCAAGAAUCUGUUUACAUCUAUAGAGUUCAAGAAAACCUUCAAACAUUAGUUGUUCGUUUCCAAGCCAAAGUUAGAAAUCUUAGCAAGAAUAACUCUUCUCAAGAUGUUUCGUUUGAAAAAACAUUUACUGUAAAUCAAAUUCAUGGAAAAGAAAUAUCUGAAUUCUAUCUCCAAAAUACUAAAGAGGAAGGUUAUAGACUUCAACAUUUAGGAAAAGGUGGUGAACCAUUAUCCAACUUAUCAUUCAGCUUUGAAUUUACUCAUUGGGUUUCAACUAACGAAAGAGUCAAUGUUCAAUUGAAAACUGAUAAGGAUGGUUUCAUUCAUUUGGGACAUUUAGAUGAUGUCAAAUCAUUCAUAAUCUAUGGUUCAAGAACUUUUGAAUUUACCAUAAGCAAAGCUCAAAACUUCACCUAUCCAUCAAAAAUCAAUUGUAAAUUGGGCGACAAAGUUACCCUCCCAUACUUGGGUACCGAAAAAUCACCAUCAAGGGCCGAGCUUAAUCUUUUUGAACUCAAUGGUAGAAAUGGUCAAAAUGUUGUCAUUCACGAUUGCUUUAAAUCUCUCUCUAUCGAGAAGGAUGAAAUUGUUUUAAGUCAAUUAAGUGCUGGUAGAUAUGUUUUAAUAGUUUCUGGUUCAAUUCAAUCCAAUGAUACCCAAGAAAUUAUCAUUGAUGUUUGUGAUGGUCAAAUUAAGGAGGGUUAUAUUGUUGGUCCAUCAAGAAUCUUAUCAUACAGACCAACCAAUGGUUUACACUUUGAAACUAGUGUCGACAAACAACAUCUUUUAAUUAACUUAAAGAACUACACCGCAGAUACUAGAGUUCAUGUUAUUUCUACCUAUUUCACACCAAAUCAAGAUAUGGCCGAUCUUUUAUCAUUAAAAAAUUCAAGCAUGACCUAUGAUGAGUAUAGUGUUAAACCAAAAUCACAAUACUUUAAUGGAAGAUCUUUAGGUGAUGAAAUUAGCUAUAUUAUCAAUCGUAAGUCAUCAAAAAAACAAUUACCAGGUAAUUCAUUAAAGAAACCAUCAAUUUUAGUUCAACCAUGGGCUAUCAGCAAAACUACCCAAUCAAAUAAUUCUUUAAACUCCUCAUCAAGCUAUGGUAUGGCCGAAAGAGAAUCAAGAAGAGCUCGUGAUACACAUUCACAAUUAAAAAAAGUUUCAACUCAUAUUCCUAAAUCACCAUUCUUAGAAUUUUUAGGAUAUCCAACUAUUGUUAUAAAUAAUUUAUUACCAAACGAUAAAGGUCAAAUUUCCGUUGAACUUUCACAACUCCUCGAAGCUGGUAGUUCAGUUCAAAUUGUAGCAGUUGACAAUGAAUCAGUUUUCUCUAAAGAUGUAUUACUUGAACAACACCAAGCUAAAUUCAAGGAAACUAAAUUAAUAAGAUCACUCGAUCCAAAUCUUCACUAUAAGGAAGAGAAAUUAAUUACACCAGUUUGUCCAAAUCAAACAUUCACCAUCAAUAAUGUUGACUCAUCAAAGUAUACUACCUAUGAUACAUUGGAUAAAGUUCUCUCCUUAAUGAAAACCAUCAAUAGCAGCCAUCUUCAAGAUUUUUCAUUUAUUUCAGAAUGGGAAUCAUUAUCAUUUGAUAAAAAGAAAGAAAAAUUCUCAAAGUACACCUGUCACGAAUUAAACUUUUUCAUUUACAAAAAAGAUAAAGAAUUCUUUAAUCAAGUUGUUUUACCAUUCGUUCAAACUAAAGGCUACAAGACAUUCAUCGAUUAUUAUUUAGUUAAAGAUAAAAAGAAAUUAGAAAUUUAUAUUUUGGACUCUUUCAGAUUUAAUAAAUUAAACAGUUUAGAAAAGAUUUUGUUAGGCGAGUUAUUCCCAGAGCAUUCAAGUGUCAUUGCAAAUUCAUUCAAGCAAAAAGUUGAAGUAUCUCCAAUUACUCCAGCUCAAUAUGAUAAAAAUUUCAAAGUUGCACUAAAUCAAUUAGAUACCGAUAUUGAAGGUGGAAGUGGUGAAGAAGAACGUGGUGAUGAUGAUGGUGGAAUGGAUGAACCACAAGCUAUGUUAGCUGAUAUUCGUGGAGAUUAUAAGCAAAAAAAAAAUAUGGUAUCAGAGAAGGCUGCUCCAAUGAUGUUUGGUGCUGCCACUACAUGUUCAAUGCCUGCACCACCACCACCCAGUUUUGCUGUAAAUUCAAUGGCUGCACCAGCACCAGCACCUGCUGGAAUGAUGAGAAUGGCUGCUAGAGCCCCAGCUUCAAUAUUACCACAUCCAGCUCCAAUUACUCGUGCCUAUGAAGCUCCACAAAUGUAUCAACAAAUUGAAAAGACUCAAGAAUUAGCUGAAACCAACUACUACAAAGAACUUAACUUACGUUCUUCUCUUAUUCCAAUUAACAACUUUUGGUAUGAUUAUGCUAGCUAUGUAGCAGAAAAGAAAGACAACACACCAUUUGUCAGCAAAUACAUUGCUUUUACUUGUUCAUCAUUCGCAGAAUCAAUGAUGGCUUUAUCAGUUUUAGAUCUCCCAUUCACUGUUAAAGAUAAUACCACCCAAGUCAGACCAAAAGAUGGUAAACUCAUUAUGAAACCAUCUACACCAAUUAUUGUUUUCCAUCAAGAAUUGGUAUCUGGUGAAAUCGCUAAAAAAUCACAAGAUAUUUUAAUUACUCAACACUUUUUCGAUCCAAAUGACCAAUUUACCUAUAAAGAUGGUGAGACUGAAGAAGUCUAUAUUACAGACCAAUUUUUAGUAUCUAAAGUUUAUAGUGCUACAGUUAUUGUUGCUAAUCUUUCAUCAAAACAAAAGAAACUAGAUGUUCUUUUACAAAUUCCAAAAGGUGCUAUUGCAGUAGGUGAAUCACCAUUUGUCACUCGUGAUUUCUCAAUCGAUCUUUUACCAUACUCAAAUAAUCGUCUCGAAUAUUCUUUCUAUUUCCCAGCUCCAGGCAGUUAUGUCCACUUCCCAGCCCACAUAAGCGAAAAACAAAACAUUAUCGCAAGUGUCACACCAUUUGUUUUUGAUGUUGUUCUUAAAAAGACUAUUAUCAAUCAAAUGUCAUGGGAAUACAUUGCUAAUCAUGGUACCUUAGAUUCAAUUUUAGAAUAUUUAGAAAAAGAAAACCUUCAUCGUGUCGAGUUCCACCAUCUCUACCAUCGUUUCACAGAUAAGAAGAUUUGGAUCAAGGUCAUUGAACUCUUAAAGAGAUUGAAAUUUUACGAUUCUACCACUUGGAGCUUCUCAAUUUAUCACAAAGAUUCAAACUACAUCAAAGAUUUCCUCUCUGAACACUCAAAUGACCUCAGAAGUUCAUCAAUUGAUGCUCCACUUGUCUAUGUCAAUCCAUUCGAAAACAAUGUCAAAUUCCUUGAAUACAGUCCAUUGGUCAAUUCAAGAACCCAUAAAAUUGGUGAAGAAAGAAAGAUUCUCAAUAACAAACUUUCAAAUCAAUACUAUCAAUUCUUAAAAGUUCUUUCUUAUAAAUUACAUCCAACCGAUACUGAAUUACUCUCCCUUGCUUAUUAUUUAUUACUUCAAGAUAGAUUUGAAGAAUCCAUUAAUAUUAUGAAGAGAGUAGGUGUUCAUGAUUCAGCCAAUCCAAAGAUUUUAGAAAAUCUUUCAAGCGAUAACAACAAUAUUAUUAAUAAUACUGGUGCUACCCAAACCAAAUCGGAACCAACCUCAGCUCUUUCAUCUGAAGAAAAGAAAAAGAAAGAAAAAGAAGAUAAACAAAGAGAAAAGGAAGAAAAACAAAAAGAAAAAGAAAGAGAAAAAGAAAGAAAGCAAAAAGAAAAAGAAGAUAAAAAGAGAGAAAAAGAAGAAGCCAAGAGAAAAGAAAAAGAAGAAAAGAAAAAGAAAGAAGAGGAAAAGAAAUUAAAGAAGAAAGGUGGCUCAGAACCCACCUCACCAUCUGUUGAAAGCACUACAACUGAUAAUACCACCUCAUCAGAAACUCAACAAACUACCUCCACUACCACCACCACUACCACAUCCGAUGUCGCAGAUAUUAAACCAAUUAGUGAACAUCAUCAUGAUGAUAGUGAUCACGAAGAUGAUGAAGAAGAAUAUGUUGAUGUUUCAGAAUUUAACCACCCAUUAUGUUUACCAGAAAUGUCAAUUCAAUAUGACUAUUUAAUUUCCUAUUUAGAUUUCUUUAACUCAAAUCCAAAAGUAGCCUCUGAAAACAGUAAGAAAUACGAAAACUACCCAGUCCAAAGAUGGAAUUCUCUCUUUAAAGACUUGAAGAAUAAAGUAGAUCAAGUUUCAAAUAAAGACUCAAUCGAAAUCGACUAUGAAAAUGAAAUUGAUAGAGAAAGAAGAUUAAACAAGAUGAGCUCAAAUGAACCAACCUUUGAUUUAAGCCAAGAAGCCGAUAGAACUAUCUCUGUUAGCUAUCAUAACUUAAAAGAUAUCACCGUUAGCUACUAUGUUAUGGAUAUUGAACAUCUCUUCUCUACCAAUCCAUUUGUUCAACAAAAAUUGGGUCAAUUCCUUUAUGUCACUCCAAAUAAAAAAGAAUCAUUCCUUCUUAAAGAUAAAUCUGGUUCAUUCCAAUUCAAGAUACCAGAAGAAUUCAAUAAUAGCAAUGUAGUUGUUAACGUUGUUGCUUCUCAAGUUCACCACAACAUUAAUGUUUUCUCAAAUAAUUUAUCAGUUUACAUUACAGAAAAAACAGGUCAACUUAGAGUAGUCCAAAAACAAAACAAGAAGCCAGUUUCUAAAGCUUAUAUCAAGGUUUACUCCAAAACCAAAAAUGAUAAGGUCGAAUUUUGGAAGGAUGGUUAUACAGAUAUUGCAGGUUACUUUGAUUAUGCAACUGUUAGCUCAUCUGAUAUUUCAGAUGUAUCUAAAUUAUCAAUAUUAAUAUUAAGCAAUCAAAAUGGUGCAAUUAUUAAAGAAACUAAACCACCAGCUCAUUAA